AUGUCGGAAGAAUCGGAAAACGAGUCCAAUCAGUUUAUCUUUGGCACUCAGGCUCAAGCAGCUAUAGACGAGUGGGAUCGGCUGGACCAACAGAAGGCCAGGAUUAAGCUACUGGGUAAGAAAUUUACUUAUUUCGAUAAGGAUAAAAAGAAAGAUAUGAAUAAAAAGAUAAUACCCAAAAGUACCAAAUCACGAAUAAAGGUGACUAAGAAGAAAGUGGGCAGUAAGAGGAAACGUCCUUCUAAGAUAGGUAGCAUUAGCACGAAGAUGGCGAAGAAGUACAGUGGGAGUAUAGCAGAUGCAUCUGGCCAAAGGCAGAAGCUUCGAGAUCGUGUUGCAGAUCGGGCGCGAUCUCUUGAUACGAGGAAUUCAAUGAGUGAAUUAUUAUAUACACAGGAGGAAUGGAGCCAGGUUCUUUCUCAGAUAACAAGAAGUGUUCCUAAAGCCAAAAAGUUGAGAAAAGAGACUGCAGAGACGAUGAGUCAGUGUAAGAGGUCAGACACCGUUUCUGAGCAAGAUGAACAGCAUGGCAGUGGUGUUGGUGAUAGCCAGCUUUGGCUUCAGUCGGCCACGGGGCCUGAAAUAAUGACUAAAGAGGAUGUCAAAAUGCUUUAUGACUACAGUUCUGCCGAGGAGAGGAGUUUUCUUGGUGAUGAAAAUAAGGAACUUUCGCAGAGCUUAGUUAUGACGUUAUCUCAGAUAAUAAGAGAGACAGGAGUAGACGAUAGGCAGUUGUCGGUUGACUCUAAGAGGAAACUAGAUACUCCUAUCACUAUAUUGGACAGCUGCUCUGAUAACGAUGCACCAAUGACUUUCAACAACGUUGAAGAUUUGGCUAAGGAGAUGAACGGAGAUGAGGAGAGCAAUCCUAUAGAGCUUUCUUCGUCGCCGAAAUUGGGUCAGCAAGAUUUGGCUUCAACAACUCCUUCAUUCAUGUUGAAAAGCAUUAAUCAGUUGCCUGAUAACCUUGACAAGGUGGAGGAGAUUUCUGAUACAUCAUCAGACGGCAGUAAUGAUUUAAUAUGUCUAGGGUAUAAGGCAGUAGAGAAAAAAGAGGAAGGUCUCAGCAGUGAGAGAGAUGAUAUGGAUACUUCAUCGAGGUCUGUUCAGGUUCCGUCUAGUCAAAAGAGUGAGAAAGAAGAGAAAGAAGAAGAUAGUACGAACUGUGAUAAAGUUGUGCUUAUGACAGCUCCUGAUAUAUUAAAUGAUCGCAUUAGUGCCGUGGAAUCGGAAGAAAUAACUGAUUCUCAGAACGAUUUGGACAGUUUUCACAGUCAAUGUGUAUUUUUUGAAAAGUUUAGCACAAAGCAGCUGCGAUCACAGAUAGUCGAAUGGGGUCUCAAGCCUGUGAAGUCUCGUAAGGGUAUGCUAUCGUUACUACAGAUGACAUGCGGUAUGAUGGACGAAAAGUUGUUGAAACGAUCGUUAAAGAGAUUCAAGGAGGGAAAGGAUGAUAUCGUACAUGUUGAUGAGGAGAGCGGACAGAUAGGAGUGUUUAAGCAAAAGGAGAUUGUACGCAAAAACCUGUUCAAGCGGAUACGAAACUGUCUUGUGGACAACAAGCAGCUUUACAAUGAGGUGCUCGUCUACAAGCCGCUUAGCAUCGAUGGCGUGAUGAAAUAUUUGCAUAGUAAGGGGAUGAGAGAUCUAGAUACUGGUAUUGUAUGUGAUUGUUUGGACGAGUUGGGGAUCUGUUUCACAAAUUCUCAAAGCGGUGCUGGUAAGAAAAGCCUCAAUCGUAUUUCUUUAACUCCUCCUGAUCAUCACAUCGAAGAAGAAGCUUGCGAUUAA